UCAGAAAAAGCACAGGAAAGCAUUUAUUUUAAUUAACGGAAUUGAACUUAAGAUCUUAUAGGAUGACAUUAGUUUGGCAUUGAGUACUGAACCGUUUCCAAGUUGCUGUUGUUUGUAAGAGCAGCAAGUGGUCUUGUGAUAGAGGGAGUAAGGAAAGUAAAAAGAAGGAAAGAAAAAGGAAAGAUAGACUGAGUGAGGCAGUGAAAGAUGACAGAUAGGGGUCUCAUGGUCUACAGCCACCUGAUUUCCAGUCGGGAUAACGCACUUCUAUUCAAUCUGCUCGGACCAGAGUGCUCGGCCAUGGCAUCAGCAGUGGCUCAGGUGUUAGUGGCAUCCAUGGAGCCAGGGGGCCAUGGGGCCACCUGGAGGUGUAAAGGCACUGGGGUGGUGUGCCUGGUGAACGACCAGUCACUGAAGUCCUACUUUCUACGUCUCUACUGUGUCAAGAGAGCACAGUUGCUAUGGGAACAGGAGCUCUACACCCCCUUCAGAUACUCGGCACCCCGCCCCUUCUUUCACACCUUCCCUGCAGAUGAGUUUCAGGCAGGCCUGAAUUUUGCAGAUGAAGAGGAGGCAGAAAGAUUUCUCUCCGCAGUCGAGACACAGAUCAAAAGCACCCAGCAUGAGGGGAGAAAGUCAUUUGAUGGCUUGCAUGAAAACACUCAAGGCAAGAACAUUUUUGGGCAGACUAUUAGCAGUUACCCACUUCUAAGUCAUUCAAAUCAGUUAGAUUUUUUUGCCUCAGUGCAGUCUCUUGUACGCUCUGUUCUAGACUCUCCAAGUUGUUCAGCACAGAUGACCCUCGCCCACAACCUGAAGCCCUCCUCGGGACAGUUCUUCUGCCUCGUGGACCGUGCCAGCAAAAACCCAGAGAAAAGCUUUGAUGUAAAUACCCUUGACCCAGCCCAACAGAAGCUCUUUGCAAAGGCAGAGGUCAGUCAAACCAAUCAGAAGAGCAAACGGGUCUCCAGAAUCCACACCAUGGCCGAGCGCCAGGGCGGACUGGAGACGGUGCAGAAGGAUUCCCAGGUAUCUCAACCUCAGAGGCUUCCCAAAUGCAGACGUGCUUUUUCAAGCCUGGCCCUGAAGAAAGGCCCACUGCCUCCCCUCCCUGCACAGGCUGGGCUGCCUCCUGGGAGGGAACUCCGCUCUGUGACCCAAAAUAUCAGCAAUCUGGACUCCCGCAAGGGGCCCUUCUCAGCCACACCCCUCACCCAUGAUGCAAUUCCCCCUUCGCCUUCAAUGCCCGCACCCAGAAUUCCCCCAGGUCACCCUUCUCCAACCCAAUGGUCAGCUUCAAAUCGGUGAGAACCCUGACUCUCAAUAACAGUCUGUCUAAGGAUGCAUUUAAUUGCUAAUUGUGCAUUUUAGUCUUGACAUAGGAGCAUUUCAGAGACCAAAACAAGCUUAUUGGAGAAAUAAAUAAAACAUGUGGCACUCUCAUUCAGUGUAUUUAACCAACCAAGUCAAACAGCAGAAGAUAUAAUCAGUUUCCAUGAUACUUAAUCAGGGAAAUUUCACAAUCUUUCUUUGAAAAACUGAUUCACAUUCUGAUGUUGAGUAAUACCUGGUGUGUGAAUGCACUUGCCAACACACCAGUUAAACUGGUUUGUAACAUUCCACCAAAAUAUUUGACUGAUUGGCCAUUGAUUAAAAAAGAACUGAUAGCGUGGGAUGUGCUGUUAUGCAGCCAUUCAGUAUGUCCAGUAUCAGAAAGGGUAAAAUCUGAAUAGAAAUGAUAGAAAUCAUGUCUCCCAGUGGUGAUAAUUGGAAUUACUUCUAUCUCUGAAUAGCGCCUCAAGGGCAGGCAGGGUGUAUCAUGUUCAUCUGGAAUAGUUUUUGUUGUUGUUGUUUUUUGUUUCCUGACAGAUCCUAAUCUUGCCUGCUAAGUGUACUCAGGUAAUGGGAAGCAAUCCUGAUAUGAUGGGAUGCAUUUGCCCAGAUUCUUUGGGUGACCUAAUUCUAGCUGAAAAUGAAGGGACCCAUGGGGUACAGUGGGGUGGAUGGUAUGACCAAAAACAUACCAUUUUUCCAUGCUUGGGUGGUACAUGAUGCAUAUAGUGCCUCAAUAUGAUUAAUAAAGAGCAAAUCAAGAUAA